CGUCCGACCGCCAAUUACACGUGCCCCUCAGGCACAUUUCACUUUAAUCGACUGCUACUAGCCUAGAUUGAGUGAAAUGCCUUGCUUCAAGUCCCUUUCAUCAUUGUCACUGACACCACCAUCACUACUACUACCACCACCACCACCAUCAUCAUCAUCAUCCAUCAUCCAUCAUCACCUCUUACCACCCCUUCUCUUCUUUAAAAACAAUUAUCUUUCAAUGCUCAUUGUACACCUCCACUCGAUUCAAAAUGCUGCUGCUCUUUCCACCUUACCUCUCGCUCCAAACUCUCCGCGUAUCUCCCCCUCCCCCGCCACCCCCCACACCGAACUCUGGCCGCACGCAGGUAUGAGUAUCUAUGGUCCUGCCUGCACUUAGGGCGAUCCAAAAAGAAAGUCAUUUCUGCCUGAAAAUUGCCACCCCUCAUCGACCGAUGGAUCACCGUUUUGUCGACAUCGGAAAUAGAUAGACUGGGUGGUGAUUUGCGAUGAUACUGAGUAUGAUAGUCACUACCUCAGGGACAUCAAAGUAAAAAGC